GGUUCGAACCGCCGCAGCUUACACUUGCUCCUAGGGGUUGCCACUGGCUCUGCCCCCAAUCUCCCGCUGCCGGGAUUUGACCACAAUACUCAGCCAAAACUGUGACCCAGGUCUCUGCAACUGAUUGUUUUCCUUCAUCAAGAAUUUUUUAAAAUUCAAGAAAUAUCGCUGGAGAAGAGUCGUGGGCAGGCGCGGACGCUGCGGCUUAAAGCUUUUUGGCAAAUUGAAACCCAGAGGCGACCUCCCCACAACUUGCAGCUCAGAACUGCUGUUCUCACCUUGAAAGGACUUCUUAUCGUGUUGGAAUGGCAGCGGAAGUGCAGAUGGUACUUUAUGAAGAUGAUUCAGUGCAGGUCCAAUAUGUUGAUGGUUCCAAAUUGCAACUUUCUCCCUGUGGCUCUGAAUUUUUAUUUGAAAAGUCACCUCCUGUUUCAGCACACCCUUUAGAACAACCAGAAAGAAUUCGUCAAAGGACACACUUCGUUAUUAGCACUUACCGAGAGCAACUACAGCGAGCCCUAGAUUUUCGAAACUCUUCAGCUACUUGCCUUUUUUUAUCUGAAAGCAUCAUACCUUCUGAAAGAAAAAAGUGCAUCUUCAUUGACAUCUCAGAAGUCAGGUGGCCCAGUCUUGAUCCAGAUGAUAGCACCAUAUGUAUGGAGAGUGGCACUGUGAAGAUAACAUCUUUAGAUGGUCAUGCGUAUCUUUGCCUUCCCAAAUCUCAGCAUGAAUUUACAGUGCAUUUUUUGUGUAAAGUUAGCCAGAAGCCAGAGUCAUCUAUAGUAUUUUCAGAAAAAAAUAAUCAAGCCCCUAAAGAUGGACUAGUUGAAAAAACCAGCAAAAUCUGUACAUAUGAGGGCUUAUCAGGACAAAGACUGAAGAAUAAAGAAAAUGAACUUUAUUGCCAGGUCUUAAAAUCCAAAGAAACUUUAGGGAAGACAAAUUGUGUAAAUGGAAGUGAAGGGAGCGGGGAGCUGCCUUUUCCUGGUGCAAAUCACACAUGUGUAUACACAUGGGUAAAACAGUGCUGGUCUGUGACUUCCUGUCCAAAGGAAUGGAGAUACCCUUUGUCUUUAGCACUUCAUUUUCACAAUAAAGUUAGCAACAUGUCUAAAACUGAUGUAGAUAUCAUCACGAGUAGAAUUUUAACUUCUGAUGUUUCAGAGGAAAGAAGAAAAGAGGUUUCUGUUCUUCCCAGGACCCUGUUACUUAGCUGUUCUGCCCCACACCUGCACAGGUGGAAUUUUUGUGAUUCACUUGCACAGAGAGAGUCUGGUGAAGAAUAUUCCUAUCCUGAAUUAGUGAAAGUGGUUUGGUAUAAGGGUGUCACAUAUAGGCUUACUCAUAAAAAUGUGAACUCAAUAGAGAUAUAUCCUGGAGAUGGAUCUGUUUUCAAAUCUGAGGGAGCCUAUUUUGGGAACUAUUUUACAUAUUACCCUAGACUAGAAGGAUCAUUAGAGAGAGAAGAGAAAAUUUACUCAGUAAAUAACCUUCCUCCAGAUAGACCAGGAAGUCCAUUCUCUGUAUGUUCUCUGAUUAAGCAGGCAGUCAGAAUUCUUCAACAUUGUGCCAAGACGAGACUUUCUUUAAGCCAUAACUAUCGCAUAUGCUGCUGGAAAAUGAAACCUGGGAUAAACGAUAGGAAUAUACUGCCUUUGCUUUUGAAAGAAUCCGUCAUACCCAGUGUGGGAAGAUUUCUUGCCUACUCUGAUGACAAAGUACAUGCUACCUUUGUAGAUGGCAUUACUGUAACCCUAAAUUGGAAUUUCAGCUUUUCUACCAAAAAAAGACAGGUGAAUCAAGGGCUCAAGUUAGGUUGGUGUAAGUUAACUUUUCCCGAUGGACAAGAUGAGUUAAUUGAAAUUGAACACCCUGGACCAUAUGAAAGUUAUGUAACAAAAGUAACAUCAUGGUGCAGAAGACUGACUCAGACUAGUCCAAGAGAGAUGCAAACACAUCCUUCAGCUUCUAUUCCUGAAGAAAAUUGGUCUGUUGCUUCUGAACUUGAAAAAAUACAGAAGUUUAACUUGCUAUUGGAAAAUAGUGGUGUCCUAAACUUGUUUUCUAACAAGAAAAAUGAACAGUCUUCUGAUUAUUCUAAAUCAAGAUCUUCAGAAAUCGUGUUAGAAGAAGUUAAUGAAAAGAGAGUAUCAGUAGCAUUGAAAAAAACUUCUGAAAUUCUUCAGGAUAUUGACUGUCUUUUAUCAAACUCUAAAAAGUGAAAAAUGGAAUUAUUAUUAAAUCUCAAGAGGAUGUUGUUUCAAAUGACUGGUACAAAAUUAUUAGUAAGCCAAAAAAAUUGCAUGUGUUAUUUCUACAUGACUGUGAGAAUUGACAAUUAACUUCGGUUUAUUUUGCCUAACUUGCAAAAUUUUAAAAUAUAUAUGAUAAGUUUUAUUAAUAAAGAACAAUUUUGAGCUCUUUCAUGUCAGAUUUA